GUUAAAUCUCCAGCCAGGAUCUCUUCACACGAGAGGAGGAGAACAGUCCGGUCAUCUGUAGCCGCCGUAUGAAGAGAGACUGAACCACAUUUAUUGUUAUUUAGAUCUGUUGUGCAGACGCAGCAUGUCUUUCUGUCGGUUUGUCGGCGGUGAAGUCUACAAGGAUCAUUUCAAACCAGGUAUGUAUGUGUGCUCCCAGUGUAACCAUCCGCUGUUCUCCAGCCGGUCCAAGUUCGCCCACUCGUCUCCUUGGCCGGCUUUCACCGACACCAUCAGAGAGGACAGUGUCACAAAGAUGAUGGAGACUCUUACUGCCUACAAGGUUCUAUGUGGCAAGUGUGGCAACGGGCUGGGCCAUGAGUUUGUAAAUGACGGUCCAGAAGAAGGAGUCUCACGUUUUUGA